GCAGAUGAAGUUUUCUGACAGAAAAGUUAGAGGUAAAAUUUAAUUCGCUUAGCCAUACAUUGUGAUCAUCUAGGAUUUUCGUAUGUGCAACCGUAACCAAAUGAUAAAAAUAUCUGCACUGAAGUGUUUAUACUGGACCUCAAUAUUAUUUUUGUGCUACACCCCUAUUUGUAAUGCAGACUUAUCAUGCCCGGAUGGAACUCUGUGCAAAGAUGGUAAGCAAUGUUGUUCCGUAUAUCCAGAUAAAUUCGAAUGUUGCGAGAUCUGGAAGUUUCUACUAGCAGAAAUUGAAGUUGCAGGUCGCGAGCAUUUCGUUGGCUUACCUUCAGAAUUUGGACGUCUACAUCAUACCAAACAAUGCAGCAGAUUCACCUGUACCGGCACUUGCUGCCAGGACCAUUGUUGCGAACACUUAAAUGCAGAAUGUUGCGGCAAGCCGCACCAGUGUUGCCAAGUUGGUUACAAAUGCUGUGGAAGAGGACAGUGGUGUUGUCCUUGGAAAGAUGCGUGCUCAUCAGCAUAUGGAUACUGUAUAUCAUCAGUAAUGUCAUUAAAACCUUCAUCAAUGUUGUUGAAUUUCAUAAUUUUCAUGUUUUUAGCAUUUGUAAAUAUUAGUGUUCUAUAAAAUUAUUUUUUAAAAAUCA